UGGCAGGGAUUCUACUGAUUAAUUGAUAAGGUUGCUAUACUAUAGGUAGACGCUUAACCAUUUUUCUAUUAUAAUGAAUUAAUGUGUUUUUUGUUGCAGAUUCAUUUUCUGUCAUUUGAGAGAGGAGCCAUGAGCGAUGUGUCUGUCCUUGACAAGCUGGGGUUAUCAUGAUCAAGUACUGUGCUUUGAUUUUACUCAGUGGCCAAGAGCUUUGUGUUAUCGGCAAGAAGGACUGGUCUUAUAAAACUAGCACAGUAGGUUCCUUCUACAGACUAGAUUGGGUGGCAUCCAUUAAGAGUCCGCAGAUUACCACUAACUAGGUCCCUGACCAGAGAGUGGUACUUCAUGGGAGGAGUCAUGCUUCACACAGCCACCUCUUGUUGGCAACUACUUCUGUGUAUGACCAUGGUCUUGGUCUAUUUGGAAUCUGCUCUCGGUUGUCCAGCACGCUGUGAGUGCUCACCACAAAACAGAUCUGUCAGUUGCCAUCGUAGGCGUGUCACCUCCAUUCCAGAGGGCAUUCCUAUUGAGACUAAAAUUUUGGACUUAAGCAAGAACAAAUUAAAAACUGUGACCCCAGAGGAUUUUUUGUCGUAUCCUUUACUCGAGGAAAUAGACCUUAGCGACAACAUCAUCUCAAGUGUGGAGCCAGGAUCUUUUAGUAGUCUUUUCAAUUUGCGAUCACUGCGCUUGAAGGGAAAUCGCUUAAAAUUGGUCUCUUUGGGGGUAUUUUCAGGCUUGACAAACUUAACUAAGCUUGAUAUAAGUGAAAACAAAAUAGUUAUUUUACUAGACUACGUGUUUCAGGAUCUUCAUAAUUUAAAAUCCCUCGAAGUUGGAGAUAAUGAAUUAGUUUAUAUAACACAUAGGGCCUUUAGCGGACUGCUUAGUCUAGAGCAACUCACUUUAGAAAAAUGCAACCUCACGGCUGUACCAACAGAGGCUCUGUCACACCUACAUAACCUACUUAGUCUACAUCUGAGAUAUCUCAACAUCAAUAUGUUGCCUCCAAUUGCCUUUAAAAGAUUAUUCCGUCUGCGAACUCUGGAGAUCAGUCACUGGCCUUUGCUGGAUAUGGUGCCCACUAAUAGCUUUUAUGGCCUGAAUCUAACAUUUCUAUCAAUCACAUAUACCAAUUUGUCAGUGAUACCCUACCAUGCUUUAAAACACCUAAUUUACCUAACACACUUAAAUCUGUCAUAUAAUCCCAUCAGUGUCAUUGAGUCAGGUGGUUUAGCGGAUUUGGUGCGUCUUCAGGAGCUGCACUUGGCGGGAGCUCAAUUGCAUAUUAUUGAGCCACAUGCUUUUGAAGGCCUCCGCUUCCUACGUUUGGUUAAUCUGUCUCAGAACCUGUUGGAAAGCGUAGAAGAUAAUGUUUUUCAAUCCACCAAAGCGCUGGAAAUACUUUCAAUUGACAACAAUCCACUAAUUUGUGAUUGCCGCCUAAUUUGGAUGUUACAGAGACACCCUGUAUUAAACUUUGGGGACCAGCAGCCAACAUGUGCUACCCCGGAUAAUGUGAAAGAGAAAUCAUUAAAGGAAUUUCAAACCGCCAUUUUAUCAAAUUACUUUACAUGUAAAAAGCCUACAAUUCGCUACAGGGAAACACAGGAGCUGUAUGUGGAUGAGGGCAAGAGGGUACAGAUGAACUGUAAUGCAGAUGGAGAUCCUCAACCCAUGAUUUCAUGGAUGACCCCCCGUAAGAAAAUGGUUUCAUCAAAAUCAAAUGGAAGAACCACAGUAUUGGUCAAUGGUACCCUGGAAAUAAGGUACGCCCAAAUUCAAGAUACUGGAACCUAUGUGUGUGUUGCUAGCAAUGCAGCAGGAAAUGACACCUUCUCGGCUUCACUUACCGUGAAAGGAUUUGUUUCUGACCGUUCCUAUACAAACAUGACCCCUAUGUUUAUUACAGAACUAAAUGAAACCAACACUAAUGGCACCAAUGCAAACAUGACAUUUUCCCUUGAUCUUAAAACUAUAUUGGUAUCUACAGCAAUGGGUUGCUUCACUUUUCUAGGAGUGGUAUUGUUUUGUUUCCUACUCCUUUUUGUCUGGAGCCGAGGGAAAGGGAAACAUAAAACCAGCAUAGACCUGGAGUAUGUCCCACGCAAAAACAAUGGUGCUGUCGUGGAAGCGGAUGUUACAGGCACCGUACCCAGGAGAUUUAAUAUGAAAAUGAUUUAGUAGGUUGCCGCUGGCCGAGCUUUGAUUACCUGUGGCAUACUUUCUACCACUAAAAUAGCCCAGCAAUUGGGGUUGCCGGGUUAAUUCAGCUGCGUUCAGCUGUCACUGUGUCAAAUUGUUUUUGUGAAACUGGAAACACUGUCCAGCUGCUCUGAAUAGCCCUGUGACCUGGGGGAAAGAACACAAUGGGCAUUCCAUGGAGUUGUUUUUAAUUGUUUGCAUUGCAAAUAUUGGCAUUCUGGGGAUCUCAGUAACAAACUGUUGGCUCAUACUCAUGGAAAAUUAUUCGACAUUUUCUACCACUACAAAAACAAACAAAA